AUGUCUGGAGAGUGUCUGCUCCUCAGUGGAUGCCAGGUGAGGUCCCUGCGCGGCCAUGAAGAGGAAUGUUGGAACGGAGCAAAGAUCCUAUACAAUCUCUUAAACAAUAUUACCACCACCACCGCCACCACCACCAUCACCACCACUACCACCACCACCACAGCCAACAACACCGGCGGCACCACCAUCACUACCACUACCACCACCACCAACACCACCUGUGAUGAGGAAACUACUAUGGGCACCGUGCCAAUUUCACCACCCAUCCUCACCCAUCACCACCCCCCACCGCCAACAUCACCAAAAUCUCCACAGUUACCUUCACCAUCUUCACCACAAACCACGACCUUUAUCAUCACCAUCAUCCAUAACGCCCAGCAACCCUCAACCAUCACCACCUUCACCACCAUUUCCGUCCCCAGCCACACACGCCACAGUAACCAUCACACUCACAACCCACCACUACACUCACCACUAUCACCAAACACAGUCACCCUCCCCGCCGCCCUCACCACGCCACAUAUUCAAGAGGAUUUAUGGACAGCUGUGCCGGCGUGGUCAUGUGGUUCUCGCGGGAGAGUGUCCGCCACUAAAUGGACACCUGAGCACACCUGCCUAUAA